GUUCGUGCCUCCAAAACACCACCAGUACUCUCCUCUGCAAAAAUCAAAAACCCCUUCACUCUGCUCCUUUUUUCUGCAAAAACCCUAACCAACCAAAUCAUCACAGUUUGCCCAAAAUGUCCAAGAAACUGGACAUGUCUCUAGACGAUGUGAUCAGGGACAGCCGGAGAUCGGGAGGGCACAAUGAUAGUUCCAGGGGCCGAGGCCGGGCCUCCUCCGGUCCCGGCCCGGACCGUCGGUUCGCUAGCCGCAACGCUCUAAGAACGGGGCCAUAUUAUGCUCCACAGCCAAUGCAAGCGAUGAAUCCGAUUUUUCAGCAACAACUGGUGAAUCCGAUUUUUCAGCAACAAAUGAUGUUGGGUGGGGGAUCGAACACAGAGGAGGGCACAAAACUGUAUAUAUCAAACUUGGAUUAUGGUGUUACUAACGAAGAUAUUCAGGUGCUUUUCUCUGAGAUCGGUGACUUGAAAAGAUAUUCAAUCCAUUAUGAUAGGAGUGGAAGGUCAAAGGGAACAGCAGAAGUUGUCUUUCUACGUCAUUCGGAUGCUGUAGCAGCUAUCAAGAGAUACAACGAAGUUCAACUUGAUGGAAAGCCAAUAAAAAUUGAGCUUGUGGGAGUGAAUUUGGUUGCUCCUGCUGUUGUGCUUCCUAGUACAAAUAGCAUAUUAGGAAAACCAAGUGGCGCCUUCACAAGUGGACAAGUAAGGUAUGGUGCUGGGAGUUGGGGUCGUGGUGGUGGUUUUGGUGGUCGUGGCGGUGGUGGUGGUGGUCGUGGCGGUAACCGUGGACCUCCUGCAAGAGGUCUCACACGAGGGAAAGAUCAUGUUGAGAAGUUAUCUGCAGAAGAUCUUGAUGCUGACUUGGAGAAAUACCGCCUUGAGGCUAUGCAAAUAAACUGAAGUCAAAUCGUAGUUGAUAUUUUUUGGUAACUAAGCUUGGCUGAUGCAUCUUUCAAGUAUGUUGGCGGUUUCUCCUGAGGUACUCUGUAUGCUUAGAUGGUGGAAAUUUCAAUUUGAAGAUACUGGUAAUAGAUAUAUGAGUAAUGGCUUUACUUUUUACUCCUUUUGAUUUAACAAUGUAGUUUAGUUUGCGAGGGAUUCCCACUUCAUAGAGUUUGUUUUUUGUCAUGCAAAAAGCUCAGGCUACUUGUGCGCAUGACCUGUCCACUAAUGUUGUCCCUUUGAAAUUAUUGUUACAUACUUCUGCUUUCUUUGGCUCCUUUUGACACUGCUUCUCUAUCAAUCCUUUGAGCAAGUGACAUUCAGCAUGUACGGUGCCAAUUAAACGGAUGAGAUCCACUCUGUUUCAAGUGAAUUAAACGGAUAUGAUUCUUUUCAUUUCAAGUGAAAUAGAAGGGAACAAUUUAUGGUUUUA